CCAAAUUCUAGUUUAAAAAUCUAACACUCCCCCCAAAAUGUGGAAACUGCUGAUCCCCCCGAAGCCCUUUCCAAGAAUCCGCUUAAAUUUUUCCUCCUUCGCCCCCUCCACCCUCCUUCUUCAAGAGGGCUCCACCAUCCUGGAAGCUCCCCUCUUAAUCCCGCUGACCUCCGACCUUUCCAAAUUCCCCCUAACCCUCGCAAAACCUCUUGUGCCUCUCCCAAAGCCCCCCAACCCCCCCCAUAAGCCCCCUCAACCCUCCGAAAUCCUCGUAAAAAUCGAUGGUGUGACUUUCUUGGAGGCUCCAGAGGCGCCGCCCAAGCCCCUCCAAAAGCGAAUAGAAAUAAACACAGAAGACGGAACAGCAAUUCUCUUCGGUAAUCCCACCAAAAGCCCCUCCCCCUCCUCCAGCCCUUCGAAGCCAUCCCUCUGUCGCCUGGAGGACGUCCCCAUGGACAUUCGAUGCAGAGUCUACCUCCAAAUCCUCUCCAGAAUCCUCCACAGUGAGAACUCUCUAAUCUACCACGAGGAAUUCUCAACCUACCUCUACGACCAAUACCGCUCGACUCGAAAUGAACUUCUCCAGGACGUGGUGGACACUAUUACCAGCCUCCAGGACUCCGACCUUCUUCUGGAGGGCCUGACCCUCCUCUCGAAGGAUCGCAUGAGCCCCCCACGGAACCCUUACCGCGACAAACUAGUCGACGAAUCCUUGAUUCGUGUGAGUGCUGGAGAAUUCCAGCUGGAGAGGAUUAUAAAUCUCGUAAAAACGAUCUCUAAUUAUCACGACCGAAAGUACCGGGAGGUUAUCGACCUCCUCUGGAGCGGAAUAGAGGACAAGCAACACGAGAUAACCUCGAGGAACUUCAUCCCACUGAUAAAAAUCCUGGAUUAUUUUGGAGAAAGUCAGAGGAUCGUUAAGAUCAUCUGUGAAAGGAAGCUGGAGAAGUUCUGGGGGGAGUUGAAUGGAUCUGAUGUUGCGGAGGUGCUCAAGGUCUUUCAGGACUCAUUGUCUUCUGACGUCGUUCUGGAGUGCCUGGAGAAGUGGUCGAGGGAAGGUUUGACCUCUCCAGCUGGAGAAGAAGAUGCAAUUAAUUUUGUGAAGGCGUUGAUAUCCACUGAAAUUUACUCCAGACAAUUUGAGAUGGCGAUCCAGGAAGUUGUGGAGAAGCAGAAGGACCCAAGUCCGGUGUUGAUGUCCAGUAUUAUGACCUACUGUCAUAAUCUCAGGAUCAGGAAUCCAGUGAUCCUGGAGAACUGCGCGAGUUACGUUAUGAGAAAUGGUCUGGAGAUUCCGGAAGGUCUGUUGGCUUCGAUGCUCGUGCCGUUUGGCUACCUGAAUUACGAUGUGGGUGGGGAGUUCUGGAAGAGCCUGGAGACGAUACUGGAGAAGAAAUUGAGCAGGAUGACUCCUAAUGAUGCCAUCAACGUUCUCCUGUCCUGCGCAUAUCUCCAGAAAUUUUCUCUCCAGUUCUCCACUCGAAUUUUCAAAUCCAGAUUCAUGAGGAGAGUCAAGUCACGUGAAAUGUUGAAGCAGAAGAUGAAAUUGCUGGAUAAAUCGUUGGCUCUGGAGUUUCAUGAUUAUGUGCAGCAUUUCCAGGAGGAGAGGCUGGACAACUCGGUGGCCCUGAGGCCGAAAUUGCGGAGGGUUUUGGACCUCAUUUACCCGCAGUUGGUGAAGAUCUGGGGGGCGGGGCGGAUCAGCAAAUCGGUGGUGAUUGGAGAAGUGGAUGAGGAAGGAAGGACUGCGGUGGUGAUACAUUUGCCCGAGGACUAUUGUCGGGGGACGGAGGUUUUAAUUGGGCCUAGGGUCAUGAGGAUGAGGCACUUGAGGAAGAUGGGGAUGAGAGUGGUAAUGCUGGAUUAUGGGGAGAUACUCAGGUUGAGUGGGGAGGAGGAGGGGCUGCUGGAGUAUUUGAAGGAGAGGUUUGAUCAUGCUGAGGAGCCAUUCUGAGGUUCCCGGUGACUGGCGAAUUUCAAAUGACAAUAUCUAGUUAAGGAGUCACUCCAGGGGAAAAUGUCAUAAGA